GCAUGAAAUUCCGAUCUGAAUUGACGAAACCGCGACGAUUUGCGGUGUUUUUAUUGAUUUUUCAACAAGUUGCAGAUUUCGGAAUUUCAUCAAACUAGAUGACCAGUUGGUUGUGUACCGUUCUCAACUUGCUCUGGCUCUUAACUUCGAGAGUAUUUCAAACAACGUCCGUACACAUACCGUAACCUUCUGGAUUCGAGGUCCAUCCUGAAAUUAUGUGGUUGCGUGGAGAGUAGGCCUACUACAUCCGCCCAGAUCAGUGAUCUACUACAAAAAGAUUAGUGGUAAGUGAUGGUACUCUAAAUUGUAAUUGACUCUGCACUAGAAAUUAGAAUGCCGUUGAUUGAUGCAUAAGGCUUGUUUGAUAUCGAUGGAUUAGAAUUCCCCAGAAGACGUGUAGUAUAAGUUUUUAGUACAUCCUGGUCUUCUUGGCUUGCAUUGAAGCACAGACCUUGUCCCCCCCCCCGCGCCAUUUUGCAACCCGUUCUCGCUCCUAAUUUUUACAAUUCCAGGUAUGGUCUAGUACAUGAAAUGGACACGUCUUUGACUUCGUAUGAUGCUGACUGCCCUCCUCAGAAGAAAACGAGGUUUGAUUCUAAAGUUGGUUCGGGUGGCCAUAAACAAUAUUUUGGGCGGAAACGCAGGAAAUCCAAGGCAUCCAAGUCAAACGUUACGCCGUCUAUGUUCAAUGUUGGGGACUCUGUUCUGUUUAAAUUACAGGGGGAGAUUUAUGUAGGAACUGUGUUGUCACAAGUUAAUCCAAACCAGUACACCAUUCAGGAUGUUACUGGAAGUAUUCAUGCAGUAGUCAUUGAUGACCUCUAUGAAGGAUUACAGGUUUCGAGUAACGACCGAUUACCAACCGUUGGUGAAGUCGUCUUUGUUCGUUACAGUGAUAAAACGGGGGUUGUAAGACUGGGAAAGACUAUUUGCAUCCGAAAUGAUUCACUAUGGAUUACUUUUGACAACUCGGGACUUGAGUUUAAUGUUCCUUUCAACGAAGCAUUUAUUUUGAAUGAACAGUCUAAGCAACUGGGUGUGGGGAAUGUGGGCUUGGGAGAGAUGGGUGUGAAUGAGAAUGGAGGUACACGUGAGGCUAUACACCUCUUCACAUGUAUGCUGAAUAGAUUGACGGAGGAAACAAUUCACACUCAUUCUGAUUAUCGGGACCGGGCCAGUCAAAUUCGGGAGUUGUACGUUCAGGAUAUUCGUUCACGGGACAGUGCCAUUCUUGAACUAAAACAGCAGCACUUGGUUGACACUGUCACUAUUAACCAACUUGGUUGUGAGUGGUUUAAUCGUUGGAGUGCGUUGAGUCAAUCAACAAAAUCACUGCAGGAAAAGCUUGGCUCAACAAUCAAGGAGAGUGAAGGAUACUGUGCAGAAAUCCAGCGACUCCAAUGCCGGCUGUUUCUCCAGGAGAGUGUUUUUUCAAAAACUGUCCUCAGAUUAGAAGGUGAAAUUUCUGAAUUAAAAGAUAAUGUGGUUAGAUUAGAAACGGAGAGUAUGCUCAACAGUAUGGUCAGUGACAGUCGGGUGCACGAAGCUGAAGUUGAAGCUGCCAGGUUAGAAUCUGAUUUGUUUGAGAAGGAUAGGGAAAUAAGAGAUUUGAAGUGUAAAUUAGGGAAGUUAACUGGCAAAGAUAUGUUAGAAAGAGUUGGAAGGGAAGGAUGCGGAUUCAAAUGUCGGUGAUGAGGAGUACAAGUGUUAUCUGUGUCAAGGUGUGCGUACAAAGGACAAAUUAGUUGAUGUACACAAGGAGUCACUAAAAAUAUCCAAGGCAGAGCUACAAAGGGUAGAGAAAAAAUAUGCAAGUCUGCAUUCGAGGUUAUGCGGUUUUUGUAGAUGUGAAGAAGCAUCAAGGUCCCCUGGAACUUCAACUAAACAAUGUGCUUGAAAGAGAGUUACUUGUUUACAAACAAGCGUACCAUAGCAACGCGUUCAUUGGUAACCAUUGUCGAAAAAUCAUUGAAAGACCUCACGGCUUGGUCGGUGUCCUUUUGAGGCAUGGUUUCCCUGAGAUUCAUGACAGGUAUUUGGAAUUGUUCAAUCGUAUGGCCAUAAUUUAUCGGCUGAUUUCCAUCUCUCGCUUCCUCACUGAAGAGGAAAUUAGAACUCUGUCCAUUGAAUGCUGGAGUUAUGGUUCCUGGUUUCCAGUCAACUUUCCAUCAUGUUCCAUCACGGUGAAAUUUCACUUGCUCACAUAUCACAUUCCUGACUUUGCGUUCAAGUGGAAAACAGUUGGUUUGAUGGGUGAGCAGGGCGCUGAAAGUAUCCACAAGCUUGUCAAUCUUGACAAGAGAACCUAUGCCUGUGUGAGGGAUUCAGAACUUCAGAUGAAAUUGUUGUAUUCCAAUCAUGCUCUGCGUAUUACUGCCAAUCCAGACAAUAUGAAGAAGAGUGAACGAACGUGCAAGAAGGUCUUAGAAAGUGGUAAAGAAUGUCCUGGUCGGCUGAAAAAAUGUCCUGCUCAAAAUAAUGAAAGGAUGUGUCAGAGCUGUUUCAAGCAUUUGUUCAGUCAGUGAUUGUUUUCUUCAUGUUGGUUUCUGUUGAUAGUUCCCAUACGCAUGGAUGUUUUUCUCUAUACUUUACUAGCUCAGAUUCAGAACACAUUGAGUGAGCUUCUUUCAUGGUUUCUAGUUCUACAUGUCAAUGCAUAGUCAAAAUUACGGGUUCUGUCUUCCAUGGGGCGGACAGUAAACCUGUUUUUUGCUCCAAAUUUGGCACUUUCCUCCAUUUCUGUAAUAACCUGCUUAGUUCUGUCUGUGUCCCUCCUCUAGAACCAAAAUUCAGUUGUCAAGAGUUCCAAAGUUCGAAAAACAAUAUGCGAUUGAUACAGUCCAAGUCACAAAUAUCAUGCCUAAAAUCGCGUCAUUGGCACGUCACUGUUGCAUUAAUGAUGCGUUUUUUUGCAAGUCACUGAAGGUUGUUUCCAAUACUAGAAAGUUUUCAAUAUAAUAGGGUAAAAAUUACAGGUUCUGUCUUCCAUGGGGCGGACAGUAAACCUGUUUUUUGCUCCAAAUUUGGCACUUUCCUCCAUUUCUAGUUCUGUAAUAACCUGCUUAGUUCUGUCUGUGUCCCUCCUCUAGAACCAAAAUUCAGUUGUGAAGAGUUCCAAAGUUUGAAAAACAAUAUGCGAUUGAUACAGUCCAAGUCACAAAUGUCAUGCCUAAAAUCGCGUCAUUCAUUGGCACGUGACUGUUGCAUCAAUCAUGAUGCGCUACAAAGCGCGACGGUCGCAAAACUCACCCGAAUUUUGUGCGUACCUGACGCGGCGCGAGAGGGAUGACAUUUGUGACUUGGACUGUAGUUCUAGUGUACCGAUAGUAUAAGAUUAAGAAACGUGUACAGGUCAUUUUUUUUGCAAGGCACUGAUGGUUGUUUCUGAUACUAGAAAGUUGUCAAUGAAUAAAGGGUCAAAAUUACAUGUUCUGUCUUCCAUGCGGGCGGACAGUAAACUUGUUUUUUGGCUCCAAAUUUGGCAGUUUGUUGACAAUUAUUUUUGUCUCAUCUUAAUCUGUGAUUAUACACUGUAAAAAUGUACCAGCUAUGGCCGGUGGUAUACUUAAUAACUGGCAAGUUGUCAAUGCAGGGUAAAAAUUACAGGUUCUGUCUUCCAUGGGGCGGACAGUAAAGGUCUGUUUUUUUGCUCCAAAUGUGGCACUUUGCUCUAUUUCUGUAAUAACCUGCACAGUUCUGUCUGCUUCCCUCCUCUAAUUACCAAAAUUCAGUCGUCAAGCGUUCCAAAGUUCAAAGAAAUGUGCGAUUGAUACAGUCCAAGUUACAAAUGUCAUGCCUAAAAUCAUUGGCACGUCACUGUUUCAUGAAUGAUGCGCUUAAGAUUGCGCGCAAAGGUCGUACGUACAAUACGUUAAACAGAAAGGGAGUGUGUCACUGUGACAUCGCUGGUGCGUCAUUUGGCACAAAACUCGGCCGCAUGUCGUGCGUACCUGACGCGGCACGAAAAGGAUGAGAUUGACAUUUGUGACUUGGACUGUAGUUGUAGUGUACCGAUAGUAAGAUUAAGAAACAUGUACAGAUCGGUUGUUUGGCAAGGCACUGAUGGCUGUUUCUGAUACUGGCAAGUUGUCAAUACAGGGUCAAAAUUACACGUUCUGUCUUCCAUGGGGCGGACAGUAAACCUGUUUUUUUUGUUCCAAAUGUGGCACUUCGCUGCAUUUCUGUAAAAUGGCCUGCUUUAGUUCCGUCCGUGUUGAACCUUUAUAUGUAUUAGAACAGCAUUGGUACUGGUGGACUUGUGAACUUGUAUGAUUGUAUUUCAAGGGCUUUAGUAUUAUAAAUAUAUGUGAGUAUUAGCAUUCAA